AUGGCUUUUUGGGGGGUGGCAGAGCGAGAAGUUAUAGAGAGAGCCGUGGCCCUUGAAUGGGCGGACGCUGCACAAGUGGAUGAAAGAAAAGAAAGCCCCAAUAUAAGGGGUGUCCUCUCUGCUGGGCCGAGCCAACCAAGCCGAGGGGACGCCAGUGAGAUAAAGCCAGGAUUUGGCUUUUCAAGUGCUUUGUUAUGGGGAGCUAUCUUUGGGGCCUUCGGAUGGACCCGAGUCCUUCGUCCGGUUGGGAGGAUCCCCACCAGAGACAGCUGUUCGGACAGAAGUGAUGGAACCUCAUGGAAGAGGUACCUUGACUUGACUCUACUGUCCCUGGAUGAACCUCCAACCAAGGGUACCAAAGAACUGGAAGGGCAAAGGAAGAGCCAGAGGGCGAGAGAGACAAAGUGGGCACUUGGGAGUAGGGGUGAGAAAUGGGCCCUUCCAGAGCUCAUUAUUCUGGAUGAUUGA